GUCGUGGAUGCUAGAGCCUCAAGGCAUACGAAAGGUCGUACGUCGUCCGUCGGUGUGGGUAUCGGCCAGUCCGGAUGCAGAGAGAGAAUGUGUUGCAGAUGUCGACCUGACAGCCAGCGCGCACGCGUGCACUAACUUGAGGCAGAUGAGGCAGAUGAGGCAGCGAGGAGGGAAGCAGCGAGAGUGAGUGAGUCGAGUGGUGAAUCGAGUGGGAGGGGAGGGGGGUAGGAGAGACAGGGCAGACGGAGAGUGCAGCAGGGCAAGGGGAGGUGGUGCAAAGUGGAAAAGGCGUA